AUUAACCAAUCAAAUCAAAGAUAACAAAGUCGCGGAAGAUUUGAUAUGGCGACCGUCGAUGACUCCGACGCGGAUUGCAGCCUAAGCAAAGAGGAGAUGGCAGAUUUGGAUGUGUCAGUCAUUGCAUCAAGUGCUAAAAAGCACAAACGAGGUUUGAAGACGAUGAAAAAGAAAAAUCCAUUGAUAGAUUUGAAUACGUCUGUCCGGAGAAAGAGACUUAACUCAUCCCUAACCAAAAAGCUCAACCUAAGCAUAAAUUCAGUGCAGAAACAAUCUCUGAGGGCCAACAAUCGAGCUCUGGCUGUCAAUUUGGAAAGAACGAAACAGGAGCUCCGAAUGGCUGUGGAGAUGAACCAGGAGCUACGCCGGGAAAUACAGGAGAAAGACAUGAGAAUCGUCACGCUGGAGCGAGUGUCGGGGCUCAGGAACGACGAAAUUGAGGAGGAAGUGCUGCGAAGAGUAGAGCAAAGUCACUCCACACUGCGAGGAAUUCUGACGGCGAUGGGGGAGAGCCUGUUUGCGGUCAGCCACAACCUGAGUGAUGCUCUCCAUCACUGCGUCCAGUCCUCACGGAGGUCAACCAUCGGCUCCCGCAAAACCUCGUCCGUGGGGAACGCCUCCAAUCUGGACAUGGAGGUGGAUAUAAAUGGGCCAGCCUAUCAGAGGUCCAUCUAUGCCCAGACCCAGGGGUCAUCCCUUCCUCUCCCCAUGGAACAGGUGCCACAGUCAGACGAAGGCGUCCCCCAGCCACCCCUUCCCUCCUUCUCGGCCAGUUCACAUGACAUGAGUGUUAUCGCGGAGCAGACCAUGUGUCUGGACGACGUAGAGCCUCUCUCUGACCUAGACUCCAGUCUACUCAACCAUGGCAUCAACGAGGAGGCAGAGGUAGACUUAACAAAACCCCAGAUCAGUCAUAAAGGAGAGAAAAGCAAAAUGCAAGUGUCUAAGCUUCCCCAGAGAGUGCCCAAAACAGAAAAGGCCGUGAUGAACAUGACAGAAUCCUCAGAGAGCUGUGAGAAUGUAAAGGAAGCAGGUGUUACGGUCGAUAAAGAGUCUGUAAAGGCAGGAGAGAUGGUCACCAAAGAGAAUCCAAAGCCAUCAAAGAAGGAAAAGAAAGGAAGAAAAGAGAAAAACGUGGAGUCUGUUGAUCGCCGAGGAACUUUUGUCUUGGCUGAUGCGAAGGAUCUGGAAUUGGACACAAAAAAUAGUAAGACGGAGAAGAUUGGAAAAGAGAAAGAGGAGGAAGAAUUUGGUGAUAGGAGAAAGACGUUUGUUAAACCUGGAGGUCAGGCGAAGGAAGAUGCUGUAAAGAAUGACAGAAGGGGAACAUUUGUGGUACCUCCAAAUCCAGUGGUGGAUGAGGCGGAUGGAAGAGAGGAAUUAGAGCCGAUGGAGGAUGAGGACCAGACGAGGUAUUUCAAUACGGAUAUGGAGAUGACAGAAGUGUUUAACUUUACACAGCAGAUCUCCACAGAGUCGAUCAACCGGAGCAACGAGAGCUCCAGACCUGGUAGUGCCAAGGGGGAGAAAGGAACGGAACAGAAAGGAACGGAGUCCAGACCUGGUAGUGGCAAGAGUGAAAAAAGAACAGAACCGACAGACCAAGAGAAAAAGACAAACACCAAAGAGGACAGCUUACAGAAAAAAGAGGAGAGUUCUAAAAAGAGUUCAAUGAAAACAAAGGAGUCUUCUGGAAAACCAGAUUUGGAUCUUCUGAAGAGUAAGCUUGAGAAGAUUAAAUCAACAGAUUCUACUAGGUUAUCCAAAGGUUCCAAGGAUGUUAGCGAUGGGAAAUCAGAAAAAUCAAAUGAAAGAAGGGACUCUGAUGAUGGUCAUGGUAAGUCUGUUGUUGAGAUGAGAGUCUCCAAGCCUGGCAACUUUGAAUACAGAGUUUCACGAAAGCAGGAAGAUGGAACCAGGCAACCAGUGCCCCAGAAACCAGUAUCUAGGUCACGAUCCAAAGGGAAAGUGAAACUAAGCAAGUCCACCAGUGAGGUUAUCACCAGCAUAGCCAAGACGCCAGGAAAGCCCAGGAAUGUGUUUGACUUUGGAGACAGAACACCCACUGUUACUUUGGAUCUCAAAUCUCUGAGCGAUGACUCAGUGUCUGCUGAUAAAGAACACCAGAAAGGCAUUGAGAGCAAGAAGGGAGAAAAAAAUCAAAAGUCCAAAGAAAACAAGAAGGAGAAAGAUGUGUUAAAUGCCAAGCCAUCUGAGGAAAAGGAGCCAAAGAUUAAAUCUAGCAAGACUGUGAAGGAUCAGAAACUUCUUCCAGACAACCCUGUGUAUUAUGUGCCCCUAGCCAAGGGGUCACCAGCUGUGGUCAAAGAACCAAGUAGGCAGUCUCGAAGGUCAAGGUCUAAACCAAGGACAUACAGGGAGGUGUCUUCUGAUGAAGAAGAUAUGGAGGAGGAAGAUGGUGAUGUCAAAGGUCAGCAAAGGUCAAAAUCCAGAAGGAGGUUCAGCAGUGGAGAAGAAGUGGAGAAAAGUGGAAGGAGGACCAGAUCUCAGAGCAGGGGAAGAAAGAAGGAUGAAAAGAAAGAUGAAGGAGAGGAAGACAAAGACUAUGAGCCAGCAAUUGCAAAGAAGCAGAGGCAGUCCAGAGGAAGAUCAAGGACGAGAAGGAAUGAUGAUGAAGAGGUGAAGGUCACCAAAGAGAGGGCUAGCAGGUCAAGGACAAGGAAGGCUGUUGAACAGCAACAGAAUGAGGAUGAAGGAAAGAGUGAAGAUCUAGAGGAAGUGAAGAUUGUAAGGAAAACUAGAAGUAGGUCAAGGGCAAGGUCAGUGAAAAGCAGAGCUGAAGUAAUGGAAGUUGAAGAUGAAGCCUCUCAAGAGAAAAUGACAGAAAAGUGUCCUGAUCAGAAUCAAAAGGAGACUGAAAUCGCUGUCAGUGUGGACAAUGUACGUAGAUCCAGUAAACCAUUUUUAGAGUCACUACGAAAGUCAACAGAUGUCAGUGAUAAAGUGGACAAGGAGCAAGCAAAGGCCUUCCUUGCAUCUCUGGUAAACAACAAAGAAAAAGACAAGGAACCAGUAACAUCCAACAAACAUGCAGAAGUAUUGGUACCAUCCAGUUCUGAAGAAGAAAUGGAAGAAAGGGCAGUGGAAGAUGGACAGAGGAUGUCUGUGAAUGAGUCUCUGGUAGAAGAUGUCCAGGAUACAAGUGAACAAGUGUCUUGUGCCCCUGUUCUACCUGAAAAGAAAAUGAAGCGAAAACGAGAGGAGGUGGAUGGUGAUAAAUGCACCAAAGGAGAGGUGGAAGAUGCAAAAAAAGUGACAGAAAUCAAGAAGGUAGAUGUAAACAGUGCUGCAGAAGUGAAAAAGUCUGUGAAAAAAGAAGACAAAAAGGAACCCUCCAGAAAAGAGAAAGAAACUACAGUCGAUGGAAAUCCAGCAAUCACAGAUUCAUCCACUUCUGACAAUUUGCCGGUGGUCAAUGAUCGCUUGUCCCAGUUUGUGCGAGAACGAGGUCGGCCCAAACCUAUCGUGAUGGAAGAGGAUGACGACAUCACAUUCUCUGACUUUGACAAGCUCUAUAAGCAUGUAUCAGCGAAAAGAUCCAUGGAGAGUGAAAAAGAUGGGAAGGUUAACAACCAGGAGAAAGCAGUGGAGGUCAAAACGAAAGAGAAAGUAGGCAACAGUGAAAAGGCAAGUCAAGAAGAUUUAGACUUCAAAACUCCGAGCGUGCCCAGCAGGAAGAGUAUGAAGUCAGCGGCCAAGUCCAGGUCCAAGAAAAGCAGUAAAAAGAAAUCGAAAGAUGAAGAACAGAAAUCGGGAGAAGUGCAGGGCUCAGAGAAGGAGAAUUCUGUAGAGCAGAAUGUAAGUCAAAGUAAGAAGAAGUUGGAGCUGCUGAAGAAAAGGCUUACAGAGUUUGAUGCCAGGAAACCCUCCCUAGACCCCCUGUCUGACGUCACAGUGACAAAGUCCCUCCCCUCAUCCCCAAACCACUCAGAGGAGCCAGACAAGAAGAGGCCGCGAAGAGGGGGCCCUAUAUCAUACAAAGAACGGCCCCUCAACAGCAAAAUCAGGAGGGGAGAUGUGUUCUUUGAGUGAGCUGAUAAAAUUUCGACCAAUCCUACAGGAAUCUGGCAGAUGAUAGACAAGAGCAGCAGCCUGGAGCAGAACCCACAGCUACGAGUGCUGAAUGACGCGAGAUUACACAAUACGUGUGCCCGGCCUAUCCAGUGUGUGUCAUGGCUGAGUUUCAAGUGUUUUUGAUUACUUACUGGAGAUUUUUUUUUUAUAAAAAUUAUCCACCUUUAUUUCUUUUUUUUCCAAUAAUGCAAAUAAACAAUUUUCCUCUCUUUUAUAAGUCAUAGGUACAAUGUAAUGAAUAAAAUGCAUGAUAAUGGAAGAUUUUUAUGUCAAGCUGUGUAUGAUUUGUUUAUAUACAUAUUAUGUAGAAUGUGUAUUAAUGUUUUGCAUUCUGAGGAAAAAUGGCUGCACUUUGUUAGCUCACUUAUGUCCACUCCCAAGCACUACAGCUAAGCAAUGACUGGAUUGUGACAGUGGCUUGUUGAAGUGUAGAUAUCUGAUUUUAGUGCAAGAUGGAAUAAUCAUUGAAUUUUAUAUAAAAUUGUACGUGUAUAUCGUAUAUUGGGCAGUUCAGAUGUUAGUGAUUUGUAGUAAGCAUGAAAAUAAUGUCCUAAUUUGUUUUAGUUCCUUCUGUUCUGCAUGUUUUUUUUGUAACCAUCAGAAGUGCUUAAAUUUUUCUAGAAAAACACAUCACUCUGUAAAUGAAGAUUGUACAACAAGUAUAUAAUUGUAUUUUUGCUCUCAAGAACAAUUUAUAUUUAAAAAAAAAAAGUAAUCUGCUAAAGAAUUUUUAAUUUACAGGUAUGCAAUAAAUUACUAUCCUUGAUUUAUAUUUUCCAAAACUUUGAUGGAAACAAAAUACAAUGUAAUCGACAACACCCCCCCCCCCCCCCCAACCCUAGUUCAGUUUUUUGUGAAGACAAGAUUCAGUACACGAAUGAUUAUCUUUAUGGUACAUGUAUUUUAGAUGUUUGCACCGUUUUUUAGCAAUCCAUAUUUUAGAAUAAGAGACAAAUAUUGUUUUAAUUUAUUGUCCACUCUCUGGGUCAAUUUUUUUUUAUGUUGCAAUUUUUUUUCAGCCUGUCUUUGGUAUACAUUGUAUAUUACCUGACUGUAUAGUCUUAAUUAGACUUUAGUCAUUAUCAUUGCCUGUUUGGAACUAUCAUAAUUGCCUGUUUGCUGUGAAAUUUCUGAUACAUGACUGACUUUGCUCUAUCAAACAAUUUCACUUUGUCUCCUCGCUCUAUCAUCUCCUCCUUUUCAUCAUAUACUUUUAUGUAUUACAGGGAAGUCAGCUGUAAUAAAAUGGAAUACCAUGCUAAA